AUGAAGAGAAUGGCAGGGAUUAGAAGAAGAAGGAGGAGAGUGAAGAAGGAAGGGGAGAAACGGAGAGUGAGGAAGAAGAUUGAAGCUAGAAGAGUAGAAAAAAUGGGAAGAUUGAAGCGUGAUUGUGUGAAAAAUGAUGAAGAUGAAGUGAGUGAAGAGCAAUGGGGAUCAUUAGCACUCCAACCUCUUUCGCACCACCCCCUUCCAUCCUCCUUUGCACCGCCCCCUUCAGAAAUAGGGAUUAUUAGCUUCCAUUUGAACGUCUUCUCCAGCCGACGACCAGGGUCCAUCACCGCCACUGCCCCUCGUGGCCGUCUCCCCACUCCAACACCGUCGGUUCCUCCUCCACUGGAUGACGAAACGUCUUGUAAUUUCCAAUCCGUCGAUUCUCUAUUUAAUCCCGUCGUGCCCGUAAUCUCCAAUCCGCCACAUUCUCUUCAACAUUCAAUCCUCAUCCGUCACCUACUUUAUCGUACUGCGGUCUUCCAAAAUAUGGACAGCUUGGUUAUGGAACAGAUAAUGAGGUUCAACUGGAGUCGACCACUUCAUGAGUUUAUUUUCAAGGAACAUUUUCAGAGACGAACAUUCUCGGUUUGUCGUUUAUGCUUCUACAGAAAAUUUUGUUAUACUUAUUCUGAUGCUAUUUAAAAUAUUUUUUGAUUAAGGGUUGGGAUUCCGUACAUGUAAAUUGUUGGAACUUGAUUGGAAAUGUACGAAUAUUAUAAAUUGUAUUAUAGCGUAUAUAUAUUAAAGUGUCGGCUACAUUAUUGUCA